AUGUCGUUCCAAUAACAACAUGAUAUUACAGAGCAAAAAAGAGAUAUACUCUAAUUGCACAUUAUUUUCCAAUAAAUGGUUAAAAGAUAUCGUUUUCCUGAAAAUCCUUAUCUAAGAGAUUGA